AUGGCGCCUUCGCAGCUAAAACAAUUAAAGGCCUCGCUACGUGACAAAGGUAUUAUCUCACAACAGCAGUCGAAAAAGCAGAGGAAGCAGGCUGCAAAAUCUGGAGCUGCUGCGGCCGGCCGAAUUCAUCGCAAUGCUGUCCUGCAAGAGCUACGUGAACAGUUCAACCCAUUCGAGGCGAGAACACCGGCGAGGCCCGCGAAAUUUGCCGUCACAACUAAUAAAGGAACCUCUGACCCUGUUCGACAUCGACCUGGAGUGACAAGAGGGCUUGGGGAGCAGCGAAGAAAAGAGACUCUUCUAAAAGAGAUUCACAGCCGUAAUAAGAUCGGAAUACUAGUAGAUCGGCGGUUCGGCGAAAAUGACCCGACCAUGACACCAGAAGAGAGGGCGGCGGAGCGUUUUGCAAGGGAGAGCCAAAGGCGACUUAAAAAAGAGUCAAUGUUUAAUUUGGAAGACGAUGAAGAUGAAGAAAUGGUACUCACUCACGGAGGACAAACCCUCACAUUUGACGAGACCGCUGGUGACGAUUUUGAAGAGGACGAUUUGAAUGGUUCAGAAGAGGAUGAUGAGUCCGGCAAAGAAAAAAAGCGCAAACGUUUAGUUGAAGAAGAUGAUAUGGAGGGUUUAGCGGAGGCAUCAGACGAAGAAGGCCAACCUGAGCGGAAGAAGUCGAAACAAGAAGUGAUGAAAGAGGUCAUUGCUAAAUCGAAAAUGUACAAAUAUGAGCGGCAAAAAGCAAAGGAAGAUGAUGAUGACUUGCGGGCAACUUUGGACAAGGGGCUCCCUACCCUCUUCGAGGUGAUGAGGAAUACGAAGCUGCCCGAGCCCCCGCGUCAAGAACAGGCUCCAGAGCCCACAAUGAACCCAGAUCGUGCUGCUCUGCUAAAUGGUAAAGAUAGGGAAACGGCAGACAAAGAGUAUGAUCAAAGGUUGAAACAAAUGGUCUUUGACAAACGCUCCAAGCCUUCCGAGCGCACUAAAACAGAGGAGGAGAUAGCCGAAGACGAGGCCACGAGAUUACGGCAGCUAGAGGUGGAAAGGCUAAGGCGAAUGCAAGGAGAAGAUGAUGAGGAGUCAGCAGACGACCGCGAUGGGGAUUUAGAGGAAGAUGCCGACGCCAAUGAUGCAAUGCAAUUUGGUCUUCAUCAAUUGACAACACGGCCAGAUCUUGAUGUUGAGGAUGAAGAUGAUUUUAUACUUGACGAGGAUUUGAUCGAAACUGGGUCGGCCGUAGAUCUUUCAUUCAGUGAUAGUGACGCCCAUGACAGCUCGGAGGAAGACAAAGGAGAAAAUGACGAUGAUGAGUUUAUCAACGGGCUCACUCUUCCCCCAGGCGCGGAACGAAUAGGCACUGAUAGAGGAGAAACCUCUCCGGAAGAUCCAUCGCUGGCCUAUACUUACCCAUGUCCCGAAACCCACGACGAGUUUUUGGCGAUAUUAAAAGACGUGAAAAUGGAUGAUCUACCUACUGUGGUUCAGCGGAUCCGUGCCUUGCAUCACCCUCGACUUAGUGAGGGUAACAAGGCAAAGCUCGGCAAGUUCUCAAAGAUCCUGGUAGAACAUGUUACCUACCUUGCAAAUCAGCCUGAAGCCCCAUCCUUCACCGUCUUGGAGAGUCUACUUCGCCAUAUCCAUUCGCUUGCUAAAUCACAUCCGGAAGACGUCUCCAUAGGUUUUAGGGCUCAUCUUCGUGAAAUGGCUGUGGAUCGACCUGUGAGCCUCCUCCCAGGAGAUUUGAUCAUAUUAACGGGCAUCUCGACUAUCUUUCCAACAUCCGACCACUUCCAUAUGGUGGCCACACCAGCAAUGCUUUCCAUGGGGCGAUAUCUUGGGCAACAUAAUAUUCGAACUUUAGGCGACCUCGUCACGGGUACGUAUGUGACAAGUUUGUGUCUACAAUAUCAAACACUGUCAAAACGGUACAUUCCGGAGCUUGCCAAUUAUGUUUUGAAUGCUUUAUGCAUUCUUGCGCCCACUUCACCUAAAACGGGUCUGGGCUCGUUCCCAGUACGCAUGCCCUCGGAGCCGAUGCGACUCGGAAGUGUAAAUGAAGCCACAGAAAUCACGAAGCCUCAAUUUUGGGAUAUUCUAGCGAAUUCAUCUCUGUCCGAGGAUCAAGCUGAAAGUCUUAAGCUCUCGCUAAUCAAAACACUCACAUCCAUACUUGGCACUGCUUCCGCCUUAUGGGCCACGAAAUCCGCUUUCUACGAGGUCUUCGAUCCCGCACAAGCAGUUCUGAAACAUUUGAUGGCAUCUUGUGCUGGGAAACUCCCCACAGUCCUGUCAGAUCAUAUCCAACAAGUAUAUUCCGAUGUGAAACUUCGGCUUUCGGAAGCCAGGCAUUCACGCCGCCCUCUACUGCUUCAUAACCACAAACCCCUCGCAAUCAAAACAGCGAUACCCAAAUUCGAAGAAUCCUUUAAUCCAGAUAAGCAUUACGAUCCUGAUCGUGAGCGCGCAGAGCUCAACAAACUUAAAGCAGAGCAUAAGCGUGAGCGGAAAGGCGCGAUGCGCGAACUCCGCAAGGAUGCUAACUUUAUUGCUCGUGAGAGCCUGCGUGAGAAGCGCGAGAGAGACGCAGAGUAUGAACGGAAAUACCGUCGUCUGGUCGCUGAGAUUCAGAGCGAGGAAGGGCGAGAAGCGAAUGCUUAUGAGCGCGAGAAGAAAAUCCGGAAAGGAAAACGAUGA